AUGGUGUUCAAUUCCCAGACUAGGCUCAACACAUCAGCAUGGGCUGUGAUCAAUGCCUGGGCCAGUUGGACGACAUUUGGCGCUGUGGCGCUUACGAGCGUGUGGCACAAGCUCGAGAGCCCUGGGCACGCACGGGGCGUCAACCUCUCUUCUGGAGUGGUCAUCGCUUUCUGGUUCACGGCGGUCGUUUACUUCAAGGUGGUGGACUCCCGAGGCAGUAAGAAGAAUGGCUUCGACCUGUGGCCAGGGACGUCUUAUCGCAAGGGGCAGGACUUAAAGAGCGGAAUCUCUUGGGCAACUAUCUGUGCGGAAAAUAACUACACGUUCAUCGCCUCUAUCAUUGUACUGGCGAUGGGAAUUAUCGGCUAUCGGCCUGGCCGUUUUCGCGAUCGUUCACCGACAUUUGACGAAGAUCAGCAAAGGGGGAUCUACCCGGAGGCGGUACAUGGAUAUCAGGUGAACUUCCGAAUAUAG